CAACAGUACCAUCCAUGAUCUACUUACCUUAGGUUCCUACCGGUAUCUCCAGAGUCGAUCACUUCGGGCAUAGGUAGACUAGACUGUUACCCACGGCCAGAGGCAAACUUUCUCAUUACGGUGUGUGGCUUGGUUGUCUUUUUUGUGCUUACCAACUUAACCCCGCGGGCUCACACAGUCACACUGCCAGUGGGUGGGGAACAAGCAUAGCUUGAUUUCAAAUGAUGCCCAUUUGACUUGCUCUUCAACCUCACCUUCUUCUCUGGUGACAUAGGUACCUUACUUACUCGGUGCACUUCGCUUUUCCGACGAAACUCUUCUAUGCAGCAAAUCUCACUCCCACACUUUAAAGGAUUCCAUCGUCAUCAACAUGUCGCUUUCUAAAGUGAAGCACAUUGUGCUGGUCUUGUCGGGCAAAGGUGGUGUUGGAAAGUCUUCAGUGACGACGCAACUAGCCCUGUCCCUCGCGCUCGCAGGGCAUUCUGUUGGUGUACUCGAUGUCGACCUCACCGGACCUUCAAUCCCUCGCAUGCUGUCGAUCGAAGCGGAGAAGGUCAAGCAAGCGCCCGGAGGCUGGCUCCCCGUGCCUGUCCAUGACGCCGUCGAAGAGAAGGGUAUAGGCUCAUUCCAUGCCAUGAGCCUUGGGUUCCUCCUGCCCAGACGUGGCGAUGCCGUUGUCUGGCGCGGACCCAAAAAGACGGCCAUGGUCCGGCAGUUCCUCUCUGACGUCCUGUGGGAUGAGACGGACUAUCUACUCAUCGAUACGCCCCCGGGUACCAGCGACGAGCAUAUUUCCCUUGCCGAGACACUGCUGCGAGAUGCUCGGCCUGGCCAGGUCGCGGGUGCCGUUGUAGUUACGACACCACAGGCGGUGGCCACGGCAGAUGUCAAAAAGGAGCUCAACUUUUGUGUCAAGACCAAUAUCAAGGUUCUCGGUGUGGUUGAGAACAUGAGCGGCUUCGUCUGCCCUCACUGCUCAGAGUGCACCAACAUUUUCAGCUCUGGUGGAGGAGCCGUCAUGGCCCAGGAGUUCUCGGUACCAUUCCUCGGCACCGUACCCAUCGACCCUCAGUUUGGCGAACUUGUCGAAUCCGGCAGGAGGCCGCAGUACCCUCAAGGAACGCAAAUACACGGUCAGGAUAUCGGCCAGGCCGAAAAGGAGGGCGAGACAAAGGGCGAUACUCUUGUCGAGAAGUACCAGGACUGUUCGCUGUCUCACAUCUUUAGCGACAUUACUUCCAAACUCACAACAACGGUAGAGGCACAAGCACAGUCAUGAGCAAAAUGAGCCAUCUACGGAUACAAUGUCAACUCAAGCAGUAGACGACAGGCUCAGUAUCUGCACCGUGCCGCAAGUCUUUGCCCCUGGCGAGAUGAAGAGGACGCUCGGCUUGGUGCCCAAUUCUAGGCACACGACGUACCAGGGAUUGGGAACAGCCAGAAACGAACCGCCAGAAGCCUCACCGUACUGUAAGGUACAGAAAAACUGGGUAUGGCGAAGUCAAAGCAGCAUGCGAAAUUUCAGCUCAACACGCAUCUGAGAGAUACUGGGGGUUUCCAGAGACCGGACAGCAUACAGAACACCAUGCUCGCUCCACGCUGACCGGGCCCGACUCCGCUGUCGUUGACAAAGUCCGAUGGGCGGCCCAGUCAUCGAUUCGCAGAAAGGUUUGGAAGCACGUGAGGAUGCAUCGAGAUUGGUGGCAUCCCGGUGCCUCGGACGGGCAAAGCCCCGCAAAAACAUGGUGGUACCUGAUUGACAGGUACCUUGCCUAAGCCGCUGUCAAAUCCUGGUACUGCGCAAGAAGUUGAAGCACGAUGGCUUUUCACUGCAUGUCCCACCACUCGUAUGUAUUUACUGGAUAUGGUAGGUAUCAGGAAGAGAUGCAUUACCUCUCUCUUUCAAUUGAUGCUUACCAUGUGAUGCAUCGCAAUUCAAG